AUGGAUGUUCUUGUCGGGUCGGCUGUCGUGAAUACUCUUGGUACAAAAUGGCUGUUCUACCCUCCCAAUGACAAUGAUAUCGAACGGUUUGCUGAAGCCCGCCUCCCUUCGGUUAAGCGUGAUUCUGUUGGCCUGGUAGCGUUGAGCCUGUCCAUUUUGAGGUUAACUUCCUCCGCAAUGCACCUCUUCGUUGUCACUUUUGCAACAUCUCCAGAACUAGAUAUUCUCAAUAUGCAAUAUCUUCAAAAGGAGACACGUCAACGUCAAUUGGGGAGACCCCAAGAAUACUGCUGGAGGUCGUCGAAUGUUCCACGGCCACGUCGCUCCACCGGAAGUCGCUCAUUCGUGGAACCAAUUGGCCCCCAACCCGUCGCCUUGUGCUUCUGUAUGUACUUGGCAACCACCCUGCAGAUAUCCCUAAAUUUGUAUGAGAGGCAGAUCAACGAACCUGCGAGGGCCCUUAAGCCCGAUUUCUCGUGA